AUAUAUAUAUAUAUAUAAAUAAAAAUAAUAAAAAAAAAAUACUUUGUUUCUGAAGAAUCAAAAGCGUUGAACGACUCCUAAAUCGAAGAUCCGACUUACACUCGCAAGAUCAAUUCUUGGACAGAAUUUAAAGCCAACAAACAAAGAUUGGAGUCGUUGGGCGUAAAACGAAUUGCUUCCUCUAUGACGAGUUUGGUUGAAAGUACAAAAAAGAAGAAAAGAAAAGAAAAAAGCAGUGCUGGCAGGGGCGAUGAUGAUUAUAUUCCCAAUGAUGAUGAGCUUGAGGUUCAGGAACACGAGAAUGAACCUCAAAUCAGAUUUACAAGAAGGGCUAACAUAAGAAAUUUGAGAGAAGGAAACGAAAAAGGGAAUUUCAUUCCACCAAAGUCAUUGGCGAAGUUUCUAAAGAUGAACAAAAAAACACAAGAAGCAAUUGCCAUGGACAAAGAACAAAAAGAAAAUGAAGAAGGAGAGACAAGGGAUGAUGAUAACAACACAACUUAAUAUUAUGAUGAGGAUGGACAAAUUGGUCAAUAUCUUGAACGUGAAAAUGCAUCUUCAGAUAGUGAACCACUCAUCAUCAACGAACUCAUGAAUAUAACAGAGGAGGAGGAAUUAAACAUUUCAGCAAAGGGACAGUAUAUUGCAGGAAGCUUACUCUAUUACCUCCGGGUGAAAAACUAAAUGUGGAGUUUGAUGAGGAUGGUGUUGCUAUUGGUGACAAUGCUUCAUUAUUUUCUUUCUUCUUGGGUCAACAAGUUCGUAAUAAAUCUGUUUGUCCAAUACAAGUCAAGGGUUGGAAUGAGUAUACAUCUGAAAUAUUAGACCAUUUGUGGGCUUGCAUCCAGGAGAAGUGGUCAUUUGAUGAUCCUGAACAAAGGAGGGAGUGUGUCAUGAAACAUGCACAACGAUUGUUUAGAUAUGCAAGGAGAAAAUUGAAAAGAAAGUACUUUAGUAAGCUGACAACAAAAGAAGAACGUCUCAAAAAUAAGCCAAGUCACAUGACUAAAGUUGAAUGGAAGUUCUUGGUCGACUAUUGGAGUAAUGAUACAGUUAUGCUUCAUCAAUGGCGGCUAAUCAGUAACGCUGUUUCUCAUUGCUUCAAAUUGCUUCAUCAAUUGCUUCAUCAAAUUAAUCAUAAGCAAGUUCACACCGACCUUGCUCGCCUUGCGCUACAAAUCAUCAAUUACUAAUCGCAUUUCCAUCGCUGCUACAAAUCAAAUUCGCCAGAAAUGAUGAGCAACAAUGAAGAACUUGACAGUCAUUCUAGUACCAUCACAAAUGUGGCAACUACUCCUACAAUAGUAGUUUCUCCUAAAGUAGCACCUUUGCUCACUCCUGGAGGAACAAAAGAAUGGCUUCCAAUAUGCCCUAAUGAGUUGAAACCAGCUAUAGGGAUGAAGUUUAAUAAUCUUGAAGAGGGCCUUGAAUUUUAUAAAAGAUACGCAUUUGCUGCUGGAUUCAACACAAGAAAAUCUACAACUAAAAGGCAAAGAAGAAGCAAAGAAUUGAAAUCACAGUAUAUCUUAUGCAAUAAAGAAGGAUACAAAGAGAAAAGAAAGCCUACUGUUGAAAAAGAUUUAAAUAACAACGAAGGAGAAAGCAAUGAAGAAAAAACUUCAAUCAAAAGGAAGAGACUCGUUACUCGUGUUGGGUGCAAGGCACAUAUUAUCAUAAAGCAUUGUGAUGAUAACAAAUUCAUAGUGUCACAAUUUCAUGAGAGACAUACUCAUCCACUUUAUACACCUAGUUGCAAUCUCUUCCAAAAAGAAGGAAGAAAAAUGAACAUAGUGCACAAAAAAAUAAUUGUGAAUAAUUCUAUGGUACGACUUUCAAAGCCUCUUAUGUUUCAUGAAUUCUCUGUAUGUUCUAAUAAAAGUAGUAUGCUCAUUUGAAAAAUGAGCAUUAAAUUAUUUGCUCAUUUGACAAACUGUUUUGUUCUUUAAAUAUGUGAAUAUUGGUCCUGUUACAACUUUUCGAAUGAUGAAGGAAAUUGUUGGAGGAUAUGAUAACAUCGGUGCAUCUAAGCAAGAUUUCAAAAAAUUUCAUAGAGAUUUGAAAGCAUACAUUCAAGGAAGUGAUGCUCAAAUGUUCGUGGAUAACUUUACUAACAAAAAGUUAAUGUGGAGCGCUUUUUUCUUUGAUUUUGAGAUGGAUGAUGAUUAUUGCCUUUGUAGAGCAUUAUGGGCUGAUCCCCUUUGUAAAAAGAGUUACGCUCUAUUUGGUGAUAUGGUAUCCUUUGAUACCACAUACCAAACCAAUAGGUACAACAUGGUGUUUACUCCAUUUACAGGGGUUGACCAUCAUAAGAGCUGCAUUACUUUUGCUGCUGGUUUCAUAGCAAAGGAAGAUAUAGUGUCAUUUGAGUGGUUGUUCAGAUUAUUUCUCAAGGCAAUGGGUGGAAAUGAACCAAAUUGUAUGAUUACAGAUCAAGAUCCAGCAAUGAAAAUUGUUGUUAAAAGUGUGUUUAACAAGACUGAACAUCGCUUCUGUAUGUGGCACAUAAUGAAAAAGUUACCAGAUAAGGUGGAGAAAUCAAUCAUGCAAGAAGAAACUGAUUUCCUAAAAAAAUUAUGUGCUUGUGUUUGGCAUCUUGAAAUUGAACCUGCUGAGUUUGAAGAAAGGUGGAACAAGGUGAUGGUUGAAUACCACUUGGAAGAACAUGAGUGGUUAGGUUAUAUGUACAAGAUAAGGAACAAGUGGAUUCCGGCGUAUUUCAGAGAUGUGUUCCUUGGAGGAAUAAUGCGUACAACAUCAAGAUCCGAAAGCGAAAACAACUUUUUUUGCUCCUUUAUCAAUCCUCAUGUAUCACUUGUUGAGUUUUACUUGAGAUAUGAAGCUGCAAUUGAUGCCCAGAGACACACUCAAGGUCAGAAUGAUAAUGAUUCAAAGCACAAAUAUCCUGAGUGCAAAACACCACUAGGGAUAGAAAAGCAUGCCUCACAUUUAUAUACUAACUCUGUCUUUUAUGAAUUUCAAUAUGAGGUUGAAAUUGCUUGUUUUUCAUGUGGUGUUGAUGAAUUGAAGAAAGAAAAUGGAUUGGAAGUUGCAAAAGUAAGUGAAGGAAAUCGGAUUAGAACAUUUGAUGUUGUGUUUAAUCCAACUAACUUUGACACCACAUGUUCUUGCAAGUUGUUUUAUAGACAAGGAAUUCCAUGUAGACAUAGAUUUGGGUUUGGAAAGCAAAAAGGUUUGAAACCAUUCCGGAGCAGUAUAUGCUACACAGAUGGACUACUAUGGCACUGAAAAAACCAAUUUUUGACUUGGGUGGAAACCUGUUGGAGCAAUGUGCUAAUUUAAUUGACAAGAAAAAAUUGUUAAAUGAUUUAUGGUCAGAGAUACACACUUGUGUAAGUUUGGCAGAAGGCAAUGAUGAAGAUAUUCAAGAUCUUGUGAUAAAUUUUCAAGGAAUAAGAAAGGAUUUGGAGGCUAAGAGGAUUGCAAGGAUUAAUGAAACAACAGGAAGUGCAAACAACAAAGGACAAGACAUUGAGCUAUUGAUUGGAGCUAGUGUGCCAACUGAAAUAAUUGUCAAACCUCCAAAAAUUUCAAAGAAUAAAGGGACUGGAAUUCAUGUAUCAAAUGUAGAGACUUCAAAAGAGAAAGGGGCUGAGAUUGAUGUGCCAAAUGUUGAAACAAGCGGUAGAAGUGCAAAAAGGCUAAAGGGAGAAAAAGAAAAGGUUGUAGAACAAAACCAGAAAAAGAAGAGAUUAUGUAGAGGUUGUGGUGAAUUGAGUCAUCAUGAUAUUAGAAACUGUCCAAACAAAGUAUAAUGAUACUUUUAUACAAAUAUAAAAGUUAAUAUUUUUAUAUAAAUAUAUGAUUUAGCAUUUUGUGUUUUAAAUUUUGUUGAAAUGAGCAAAUAUUUUGCAAGCUCUGUUUAUCUAUCAUACACACAUAUGUAAU